UCCCAGCGGUGCUCCAUGGGCUGCAGGGACCGCAGCGGGAUUCCCGCGGGAUUCCUGCCGGGAAAAGCCGCGGCGCCUUUAAGGCGUCUCCGCGCGGGGUCUGGCAGCGGCCGGAGCUGCACCAGGAAAUUCCUGACAUCCCGGGAAGUGCUGAGCCAGCUCGGAUCGGGGCCCUGGAUCGGGGCCCUGGAGCCGGGCCCGGCGCCAGGAGCGGGCCGGGAGCGCUGCAAACCUCGAAAGAGCCGUCACGUGGGGCCGAGGCAUGGCCUCGGCAGAGGCAGCGCUCAGCCAGAACAAAAACCCUCCGUGCCCAGCCCUUGGAACGACAGGGAACGCUCCGCGCCCCGUGCCGGGCGGGCCCCGCGCCAGCCCCGCUGUCCCCGCUGUCCUCUGCGGUGGCCGAGGAUCAUCCCGGGUGAUGCAGAUCCAAAGGAUCCCGGGGCAGUGCCGCAGUGCCCUGCCCCCCUCAGCCAGGCAGGGCCGCCCCCAGAGGGACAGCGAUGGGAACAAGGGACAGGGAUGGGGACAAGGACAGGGAUGGCACCGGCGGCAGCUCCGCUGCUUUGCCCGCUCCUUGCCUGCAGAAAUCCCAAUAAAAGAAGGGAAAAUCACCCCGGGAAAGUUCCUUCGGGGCGGAAAGCGAACGCGUGUGAGACCCCGCGCAGGGUGGGGGCACAGGCAGGACCCAGACCCCUUCCCCGGCAGCCGGACCCGCACCCCGAGCCCCACCCGGGGCAUCCCCGAGGUCCCGGGGCCGGGGGCCGCCCCUCGCCGCCGGGGCCGGCCCCGCUCUGCCCGCACCGACGGCUCCGGGACCUCCCGGGUCCCCGGGCUCGGCCGGCGACACCGCCGCUGCGGCAGGAGGGGACCCGCAGACCCCCGCGGCCCUCCCCGACCUGGCGAUGGGACACUGGGGACACUGCGGGGGCCCGGGGACAGCGGGGGUACAGUGAGGGGACAGUGGGACACGCUGACGGGACAGCGGGGACACCGGGAUGGCACGGUGGGGACACGGGGAUGGCACGGAACCGCACCACGACGGGACCCCCCAGAGCCACUGGGGUGUCCCCAACGAAGGGCAUCGCCGGGGGACCCCCUAAAGGCAGCGAGGCGCCCCCCUGGAAGGGCACCACGGCUGCAGCCCCCAGAGCCAGCGCGGUGCCCCCCCCGAGGGGCAGCACGGCCCCCCCGGUGCCGGGCAGCGCCACCGCCGCCAGCCCCGGCCCCGCCCGGCGCGGGGACCCCGCGGUCACAGCUGCGGCGCCCAGGGUGACCAAGGUGCUGAGGAAGAAGGUGGUGAGGAAGAAAGUGGUGAGGAAGAAGGUGGUGAGGAAGAAGAAGCCGGAGGCUGCGGCCGCUCCGCAGGAGCCCCCGUGUCCCCCCCUGGGGCUGGAGUCGCUGCGGGUGCUGGACACACAGCUCCAGGCGUCCAGCCACAAGCGGCACGGGCUGGGCGCGCAUCGCGGCCGCCUCAACAUCCAGUCGGGGCUCUACGACGGGGACCCCUUUGAUGGCGGCUGGUGCGCGGGCCGGGAGGACGCGGAGCAGUGGCUGCAGGUGGACGCGCGGCGCCUCACCCGCUUCACCGGCGUGAUCACCCAGGGCCUCAACUCCAUCUGGACGUACGACUGGGUGACGUCCUACAAGGUGCAGGUCAGCAACGACUCGCGGGCGUGGCUGCCCAGCCGCAACGGGACCCAGGAGGCGGUGUUCCCCGCCAACAAAGACCCCGAGACACCGGUGCUGAACCUGCUGCCCUCGCCCCUCGUGGGGCGGUUCCUGCGCAUCAACCCCCAGAGCUGGUACCCCAACGGCACCAUCUGCCUGCGCGCCGAGGUCCUGGGCUGCCCCCUGCCCGACCCCAGCGAUGCCCACGCCUGGCACCCCCCGCCCCCGCCCGAACCGCAGCUGGAUUUCCGCCACCACAACUACAAGGAGAUGAGAAAGCUGAUGAAGAGGGUGAGCGAGGAGUGCCCAGACAUCACCCGCGUGUACAGCAUCGGGCAGAGCUCCCGCGGGCUGCGCCUCUACGUGAUGGAGAUCUCCGACAACCCCGGGCAGCACGAAGUUGGAGAGCCGGAGUUCCGCUACGUGGCCGGCAUGCACGGGAACGAGGUUCUGGGCCGGGAGCUGCUGCUGAACCUGAUGGAGUUCCUGUGCCGGGAGUUCCGGCGCGGUGACGCCCGCGUGGUGCAGCUGGUGACGGACACGCGCAUCCACCUGCUGCCCUCCAUGAACCCCGAUGGCUACGAGACCGCCUACAAGCUGGGCUCGGAGCUGGCGGGAUGGGCCAGUGGCCGCUGGACGUACGAGGGCAUCGACCUCAACCACAACUUUGCCGACCUGAACACGGCGCUGUGGGACGCCGAGGACAACGACCUGGUGCCCCACGAGUUCCCCAACCACUACAUCCCCAUCCCCGAGUACUACACCUUCGCCAACGCCACGGUGGCCCCGGAGACGCGGGCGGUGAUCGCGUGGAUGCAGCGCUACCCAUUCGUGCUGAGCGCCAACCUGCACGGCGGCGAGCUGGUGGUCACCUACCCCUUCGACAUGACCCGCACCUACUGGAAGGCGCAGGAGCCCACGCCCACGCCCGACGACGGCGUCUUCCGCUGGCUGGCCACCGUCUACGCCACCGCCAACCUGGCCAUGGCCAGCGCCGAGCGCCGCCGCUGCCACUACGACGACUUCACGCGCUUCGGCAACGUCAUCAACGGCGCCGACUGGCACACGGUGGCCGGCAGUAUGAACGACUUCAGCUACCUGCACACCAACUGCUUCGAGAUCACCGUGGAGCUCUCCUGCGACAAAUUCCCGCACGCCUCCGAGCUGCCCGAGGAGUGGGAGAACAACCGGGAGUCACUGCUGCUCUUCAUGGAGCAGGUGCACCGCGGGAUCAAGGGCGUGGUUCGGGACAGUGACACCGGGCAGGGCAUCCCCAACGCCAUCAUCGCCGUGGAUGGCAUCAACCACGACGUCCGCACCGCCUUAGACGGGGACUACUGGCGGCUGCUGAACCCGGGCGAGUACGAGGUGACGGCGCGGGCCGAGGGCUACGAGGCGGCCACGCAGCCGUGCCGGGUGUACUUCGAGAACGUGCCCACCCCGUGCAGCUUCCGCCUGGCGCGGGCACGGGGCCGCCACCGGCCCGGCAGGACCCGCCCGGGCCCCGACCCGGCGCUGCGGCUGCAGCGGCUGCGCCUCCGCCGCCUGCGCGCCCACGGCCGCGGGCAGUGAGCGGGGCGGCCCCGGGGCCGCGGGCUCGGCCGGGGGGCAGCGGGGGCCGCGCCGGGACGGCUCCCAGUAAAGUUUGGCUGCGCUGCCGCUGCGACUCUGAGGGCCGGGACCGGGAACGGGACCGGGAAUGGGA